AGAUAAUUGUUCGUUAGUAGGCAAUGCAAUUAAAUCGCAUGUGGUUGGUUGGGUUCACUAUUUGCCUAUAAAAAGGGGUAUAUGCCACACUAACCCAAGUGUGGAAUUGAAAAGGUUCCAUGGGUUCGAAUCUAGAGAAAAAGCCACAUGCAUUGUGCAUACCAGCCCCGCUUCAAGGCCACAUAAAUCCUAUGCUAAAACUAGCCAAAAUCCUCCAUUCAAAAGGUUUUCUUAUCACUUUUGUCAACACCGAGUUUAACCACCAACGCCUACUUAGAUCACAAGGGCUUGAAGCCCUACAUGGCCUUCCUUCCUUUCGGUUCGAGACCAUCCCCGAUGGCCUUCCACCACCCGAAAACACAAACGCCACACAAGAGAUCCCGUCUCUGGCCAAAUCUGUUGAGGAAACUUGUUUGGGUCCGUUUAAAAGUCUCGUGACCAAAGUGAAUGCCUCUUAUGCACCGGUGACUUGCAUCGUGUCGGACUUGCUUAUGGGCUUCACCCUAGCUGCGGCCGAAGAACUCGGUAUCCCGGAGAUUCUUCUCUGGACCAGUGGUACUGGUUCUUUAAUAUGUUACAAUCAAUUUACAAAUCUGUUGGAAAAAGAGUUGAUGCCUCUUAAAGAUCCAAGUUAUUUAGUAAAUGGUUACUUGGAUACAGUUGUAGAUUGUAUCCCGACCAUGCCGGGUAUACGUCUAAAAGAUUUCCCUCCUUUCAUUAGAAUUAUCUACCCUGGCGAUGAGUACAUGGUUCGAUUUUUAUGUUUACAAGUAGAGAGAGCGAAAAGAGCUUCAGCCAUCAUUUUCAACACUUUUGAUGCACUAGAACAUGAUGUUUUAGAUUCACUUUCAUCAAUGUAUCCUCCUUGUUAUGGGAUUGGCCCUUUACAUCUACUCGAGAAAAAUAUUGCUGAUAAAUCUCUUGCAUCUUUCAAAUCAAACCUUUGGAAAGAGGAACCUGAAUGUCUAAAAUGGUUAGACUCCCAAGCACCAUCGUCUGUUAUUUAUGUGAAUUUUGGUAGCAUUGCAGUGAUGACGCCUCAACAACUAGUCGAAUUUUGUUGGGGACUAGCAAAGAGUAAUUAUUCAUUUUUGUGGAUAAUACGGCCUGACCUUGUCAUUGGUGAUAAUGCUAUGCUCCCACCAGAGUUUGUAACCGAAACAAGUGAUAGAGGGAUGUUGGUUGGAUGGUGUCCCCAAGAAGAAGUUCUAAAUCACCCGUCAAUUGGAGGGUUUUUAACGCACAGUGGAUGGAACUCGACACUUGAAAGCAUUUCUAGUGGCGUGCCAAUGAUAUGUUGGCCGUUUUUCGCGGACCAACAAACGAAUUGCUGGUGGAGUUGCAACAAAUGGGGUGUUGCCACGGAGAUUGACAAUAAUGUAAAGAGUGAUGAAGUCUCAAAACUAGUGGUUGAGUUAAUGAAAGGAGAAAAAGGGAGGGAAAUAAGGAAGAAUGUCAUUGACUUGAAGAACAAAGCUCAGGAGGCAUGUAUUGCUCCUUCAGGGUCAUCCAUGACUAAUUUGGAGAAAGUAGUUCAACUAAUGCAUACAUUUUCAAAAUGAUUUGUAAUCUAUUUUUUUAUGCUUUUGUGCUUAUGCUAUGCUCUAAUAGAGAUGCAAAAAAAAUGUAUUUUAUUUUUUAUUUGUAUCAUAAGGUGAUAUGAAAAGUAUUUUCAUGCGUCACUAAUAACAUCCUUUACCACAUUCUUCUUA